AUGGCGGCUCCAGAAAUAGUGGAGGUGGAGCCGGAAGCCAACACCAGAGGCCCUGAGAUAGUCACUAUGGGGGAGAAUGAUCCUCCGGCAGCCGAAGCCCCCUUCUCCUUCAGAUCGCUCUUCGGCUUGGAUGAUUUGAAAAUAAGUCCUGUGGCACCAGAUGCAGACGCGGUGGCUGCGCAGAUCUUGUCCCUGCUGCCGUUGAAGUUUUUUCCGAUCAUCGUCAUUGGGAUCAUUGCCUUGAUACUGGCGCUGGCCAUCGGCCUGGGCAUCCACUUCGACUGCUCUGGGAAGUACAGGUGCCAUUCGUCUUUCAAGUGCAUCGAACUGACAGCUCGGUGCGACGGGGUCUUUGACUGCAAGGACGGGGAGGAUGAGUACCGAUGUGUGCGGGUGAGUGGCCAGAGAGCCGCGCUCCAGGUGUUCACGGCUGCUGCCUGGAGGACCAUGUGCUCUGAUGACUGGAAAAACCACUACGCUAAGGUUGCCUGUGCCCAGCUGGGGUUUCCCAGCUAUGUAAGCUCGGACCACCUCAGAGUGGACGCACUUGAGGAGCAGUUCCAGGGUGACUUCGUGUCCAUCAAUCACCUCUUGCCAGAUGACAAGGUGACCACUUUGCACCACUCUGUGUACUUGAGGGAAGGCUGUACCUCGGGACAUGUGGUCACCUUGAGGUGCUCGGCCUGUGGCCUAAGAACCGGCUACAGCCCUCGCAUUGUGGGUGGAAACAUGUCCUCGCUCGCCCAGUGGCCCUGGCAGGUCAGCCUCCAGUUCCAGGGGUACCAUCUGUGUGGGGGCUCAGUCAUCACCCCUCUGUGGAUUGUCACCGCUGCUCACUGUGUUUACGACCUGUACCACCCCAAGUCCUGGACCGUCCAGGUGGGUCUUGUGUCCCUGAUGGACAGCCCCGUGCCCUCCCAUCUGGUGGAGAAGAUCAUCUACCACAGCAAAUACAAGCCGAAGCGGCUAGGCAAUGACAUCGCCCUCAUGAAACUGGCUGAGCCGCUCACAUUUGAUGAGACCAUCCAGCCCGUCUGUCUGCCCAACUCGGAAGAGAACUUUCCUGAUGGGAAACUGUGCUGGACAUCAGGAUGGGGGGCCACGGAGGAUGGAGGUGACGCCUCCCCUGUCCUGAACCACGCGGCUGUCCCGUUAAUUUCCAACAAGAUCUGCAACCACAGGGACGUGUAUGGCGGCAUCAUCUCCCCGUCCAUGCUCUGUGCAGGCUAUUUGAAGGGCGGUGUGGACAGCUGCCAGGGAGACAGUGGGGGCCCCCUGGUGUGCCAGGAGAGGAGACUGUGGAAGCUGGUGGGUGCCACAAGCUUUGGCAUUGGCUGUGCUGAGGUGAACAAGCCUGGGGUCUAUACCCGCAUCACCGCCUUCCUGGAUUGGAUUCACGAGCAGCUGGAGAGAGACCUGAAGACUUGA